AUGGCUUCCAAGCUUGUCAGGAGAAAUCUCCUUUUCGCGCCUCAAAAACGAACUUUAAAAUCUUCGGCUCUUCGCUCCUCCAUUCCUUGGCUUCGAAAAUCGACUCCUUCGCUCAACUGGGGCUACAACGGAUCCGAAUGCGACCCAGAAGAUUGGCCGAACGAGUACCAAUGCGGCAACUGCCAGUCGCCAAUCGACAUUGACUUGAGCAAAGUGACGUACUCUUCCGAGCUGACUCCCUUAGAAUACUCUUACCCAGACAAGUUCAAAUACAUGGUCAACGAUGGAAAGAAUAUCAGAAUUCAUUGGCGAGGAGAAACAGCUCUUUCUGGAGGACCGCUGAAGGGAACUUACGAACUCGUGCAGCUGCACUUUCACUGGGGAUCAGCGGUCGGAAAAGGAGCUGAGCAUCUCGUGAACGGAGAAUCAGUCGAGGGAGAAGCUCAUCUGGUCCACUGGAAUCCGAAGUAUGGUUCGAUCCGCGAAGCUCUCAACCACCAAGAUGGAUGUGCUGUCGUCGGCGUUUUCCUGAAAGAAGCAAAAACUGACGCUGAAAGCCCACUUUCCCCCAUUUUGAAGCGUUUUCCCACCCUUUCCAAGUUCAAUGAGAAGUACACCUUCGAGAACGACGUUUUCAACGUCGGCGACUUGAUUCCAAAAGGAUCCGAGUUCAUUUGCUACGACGGUGGUCUGACUACGCCGCCGCUGACGGAGUGCGUCCAGUGGAUCGUCAAUCUGGAGCCACUCGUUGUUUCAAAAGAAGAAAUGGACGUUUUCAGAAGUCUGGAAGGCUCUUUCGGCCACAAUUUCAUCGACAACUUCCGCCCUUGCCAGCCGGUUGGCAAUCGAGUCGUCUCGUCCUCCUUCGAGCCUGAAAAGUGA